AUGGACUGGUUAACAAUUUUUGCUCAAGUUUUAGCCAUUUUGGCAGUUUUUUAUUUUUACAUUAAACACAAAUUGUCAUAUUGGUCCAAAAAAGGCGUUCCACAUCUUGAGGGAAAUCCAUUAACGCUUGGAAUCAACUUUAAACUCUUCUCACAAGGCCCAGAAAUCUACACCAAAGAUCAAUUUGAACGUUGUGGAAAAGUAUAUGGCGUUGCUUCAGCUUUCAGAAAUGUGCUGGUCGUCAAUGAUGCUGAGUUGAUUAAGCAAAUUAUGAUUAAAGACUUUCAUUUGUUUAUGGACAAGCCCACUCAGGGCACUUGGGACGACAUGUGGAACUUGAACUUGUUCAUGUCUGGUGGCGAUGCUUGGAAAAGAAUACGAACUAUUGUCAGUCCUACUUUUACUUCUGGAAAACUUCGAGCAAUGCAUUCAGUGAUGCAUAAUUGCGUGAAAAUGCUGGUUAAUCAUUUGGAAAACGUCGCAAACCCAUCAGCUGAAGUAAACAUCAAGGAAGUGAUUACUGGAUUUACAAUUGAUGUCAUUGCAAUCUUUUUGAUGCCAAUGUGGUUUAACAACUUGUUGGGAAUUCGUUCACAAUUCGAUCCAGAGCAUUUUGAUUUUUUCGGCAAUUUGGUUAAAGAGAUAGUCAAGCAAAGGAAGUCUGGUCAAAAACGAGGAAACGAUUUUGUUCAGUUGUUGAUGGACGCCUAUGCUACUGAUAAUGAACUGAAAGAAUUAAAUUUUGAAAAACUCAUUGCUGAUAUGGAUAAAGAUGAAAACACAUCAUUCAAUGAAAAAAAGCGUUUGGAAUCAUCUAAGAAUUCAUUGAGUGAUUCGGAAAUUGCAGCUCAGUUUGAAACGACUUCAAGCACAAUCACGCACUUGCUGUAUGAGCUGGCUCUGAACCCGACAGUUCAAGAACGCUUGCGCGAAGACCUUGUCCAAGCACUGGGCGACUUGGAUGUCACUUCUGAAGAGUACUUUGACGUUGUCAUGAAUGGCCUGCCGUAUUUAGAAGCAGUCACAAAGGAAACACUACGAAAGUAUCCUCCGCUGAUUCGUCUUGAGAGAAGACUAAGCGCUGAUAGCUACAAGUUGAAUGGAAUUCCAAUUGAAAAGAGCACUAAUGUCGUCGUCAGUUCAUAUGCAGUGCAUCACAAUGCAGAAUACUAUCCGAAUCCAGAAAGCUUUGAUCCUGAACGGUUCAUGCCAGAGAAUAAGCACAAACUGGUUCCAUACACCUACUUGCCGUUCGGCACUGGUACGUUUUUUACAUGA